AUGACAAUUCCAAUUGAAUCAUUGAGAUUUCUUAGAGACUCCAUUCAUAUUCUUCAUGAACAGAACAUUGAGGGUUUCCUUGAGUGGGUGAAUGUAGUUGAAACCAAUUUUAAGCUUAUCGGAGCGAAACCGGAUGUUGCGGUGGCCAUUUCUCGGUUGAGUGGAUCUCUUUUAUCAUGGGCUCAAUCAUAUCAAUUUGAAUCAUGGGAAAGUUUCCGUUAUCAGCUAUUCAAUCAUUUACAUCCGUUUAGAGUUACUCUUGCCAACACUAUUAGACCUGAAGUGAACACAAUAAAACAAUUACUUGAAAAUCAUUCGGUAGAUGUUUUCUCUUAUGUUGAAAAAUUCCAUCUUCGAAUGGUUCAGAUACAUACUAUUCUUAGUUUUGAAGAAAAGGAUAUACCAUCGUACAGUACUAUACCUGAGAUUGAUUCAAUUCAGGAUUUAGUUUAUGAGUUUAGACACUCCAGAAUUGAAAGAUUCAAGCUUUUCUUGAAGGAUGAAGAAGCCAUGACAGAGGAAGAAGAAGACCAAUUAUUAGAGCUCAUGUCAAAGGAUGAAGCUGCCGACAAGUUCUGGGAUGGUUACAGACACUUCGUAGAGACCUUAACUUAUCAAAGUUUGCUACUUGGGCUUUCAACUAAAGGUGAAGUUCCAGAGAAACCUAUAACCAUUGGGAAGCUUAGCAAAAAGAUACUUAAGAACUUGUAG